AUGGCCGCCUCCACCAUGUCUGUCUGCUCUGACGCCUGCACCAGCUCCUCCUGGCAGGUGGACGACUGCCCAGAGAGCUGCUGUGAGCCUACCUGCUGUGCCCCCAGCUGCUGCCAGUCCAGCUGCUGCCAGACCAGCUGCUGUGCCCCAGCCCCCUGCACUACUCUUAUCUGCACCCCAGUGAGCUGUGUGUCCAGCCCCUGCUGCCAAUCUGUCUGCUGCACACCCUCAUGCUGCCAGCAGUCUAGCUGCCAGCCCUCAUGCUGUCAAUCUUCCUGUUGUGUGCCUUCUAGCUGCCAGCCCUCAUGCUGUCAAUCUUCCUGUUGUGUGCCUGUCUGCUGCAAGCCUGUCUGCUGCACACCCAUCUGCUCUGGAUCCUCCUCAUGCUGCCAGCAGUCUAGCUGCCAGCCCUCAUGCUGUCAAUCUUCCUGCUGUGUGCCUGUCUGCUGCAAGCCUGUCUGCUGCACACCCAUCUGCUCUGGAUCCUCCUCAUGCUGCCAGCAGUCUAGCUGCCAGCCCUCAUGCUGUCAGUCUUCCUGCUGUGUGCCUUCUAGCUGCCAGCCCUCAUGCUGUCAAUCUUCCUGCUGUGUGCCUGUCUGCUGCACACCCAUCUGUUCUGGAUCCUCCUCAUGCUGCCAGCAGUCUAGCUGCCAGCCCUCAUGCUGCCAAUCCUCCUGCUGUGUGCCUGUCUGCUGCAAACCUGUCUGCUGCAAGCCCUGCUCCAGCGUGUCCCUGCUCUGCCGCCCUGUGUGCAGACCUGCCUGCUGUGUGCCCACCUCCUCCUGCUGUGCCUCCUCCUGCCAGCCCAGCUGCUGCAAGCCCUGCUCCAGUGUGUCCCUGCUCUGCCACCCUGCCUGCUCCCGCCAGGCCUGCUGUGGCCUCUCCUCAGGCCAGAAGUCCAGCUGCUGA